AUGCGCCACCGUUUCCCAACCCCACCACAUUUGAAACGCCUCCACCACCAGCUGUCAACCUUCUUCUCAACCGCUGCUCACGUAUUCGAAAAAUGCAGCUCCGUAAACAAAGUCAAGCUUCUUCACCAACAACUCACAGUGAAAGGCCUUGCAGCCUCAGACCCUACGGCAUUACCAAAAAUCGUGGGUAUGUACAUCUCCUGCGACGCCCCAUCACACGCCCUUGUUACCCUCUCUCGUAUACCGCCAUCGCCGUCGUCUGUCUUCUGGUGGAACUCUCUUAUUCGACGUGCAGUUCGUCUCCGUUUACUCGACCACGCUCUCGAGCUUUAUCACUGUAUGCAGUCCCUUGGUUGGCGUCCUGAUGGGUACACUUUCCCUUUUGUUCUCAAGGCCUGCGGAGAGCUCCCGUCUUUCCGCCGUGGCGCGUCAUUUCACGGAGCUGUUUGUAUCCUUGGGUACGAGCAUAAUGUGUUUGUGGGUAACGCGUUGGUGGCAAUGUAUGGUCGGUGCGGUGAUUUGGAUAGCGCCCGCCAGGUGUUCGAUGAAAUGAUUCUUAACAAAAUUACAGACGUCAUCUCCUGGAACUCAAUCGUUGCAGCUUAUAUGCAGAGUGGUGAUUCAAAAAAGGCACUCCAUAUGUUCUAUCGAAUGACAAAAGGAGAAAACCAGCUUCAUGCCGAUGCUGUUAGCCUGGUUAACAUUCUUCCUGCUUUAGCUUCUGUUCAAGCAUCGAUUCAAGGGAAGGAGGCUCAUGCCUACGCAUUGAAAACCCAACUCAUUAAAGAUCUGUUCGUGGGUAAUGCCAUAGUUGACAUGUAUGCGAAAUGUGGAUUAAUGGACGACGCAAACAAAGUCUUUGAGCAGAUGGAAUUGAAAGAUGUAGUUUCUUGGAACGCCAUGCUUACAGGACAUUCCCAGAUUGGUAGAUUUGAAGAUGCUCUUGGUUUAAUUGAGAAGAUGCGAGAAGAGAAGAUUGAGUUAAAUGUGGUGACAUGGAGUGCUGUGAUCUCCGGUUAUGCUCAGAGAGGCCAUGGUCAUGAAGCUCUUGAUAUUUUCCGACAAAUGGUAUUUUCGGGUUCUGAACCCAAUGUAGUCACUCUAGUCUCCCUACUUUCCGGCUGUGCAAGUGUUGGUUCAUUACUUCAAGGUAAGGAGAUUCAUUGCCACGUCAUCAAAAAGAUUCUGAACAUCAAGAACAACGACAAUGGAGAUGAACAAAUGGUGAUCAAUUCUCUAAUCGACAUGUACGCCAAAUGCAAAGCCAUAGAUCUUGCACGUAAGCUUUUCGAUCCUGUCCUUCCUUUAAAUCGAAACGUUGUCACGUGGACAGCCAUGAUUGGUGGGUAUGCACAACACGGUGAAGCCAACGACGCAUUGAAACUCUUCUCACAAAUGGUUAAUUACCAAAAUACCCCCACAGCCCCAAACACAACCCCAAACGCCUUCACAAUCUCAUGUGCGUUAAUGGCAUGUGCUCGCCUUGCCAAUCUAAGACACGGAAAACAAAUACAUGGUUACAUCCUGCGAACCCAAUUCCAUUCCGAUGUUUUAUUCACCCACAAUUGCCUCAUCGACAUGUACGUAAAAUCCGGCGACCUCGACACCGCGCGUGUAGUUUUCAACACGAUGGAACAAAAAAACACCGUCUCAUGGACAUCGUUAAUGACCGGGUACGGAAUGCACGGUUACGGCCGCGAAGCUCUCCGGCUCUUCGCCGGAAUGAGAGAUUCCGAUUCCGGUCUCCGGAUCGACGGUGUAACAUUUUUAGUCAUUCUCUACGCGUGUAGCCAUUCCGGUCUUGUAAACGAAGGAAUGGAGUGUUUCGAUGCCAUGACGAAGGAAUUCAAGAUUGUGCCCAGGGUGGAGCAUUACGCGUGUAUGGUUGAUCUUUUCGGGCGGGCCGGGCAGUUGGAGAAAGCCAUGGAGGUUAUCAAAACGAUGCCCGUGGAGCCCAGCCCGGUAGUGUGGGUUGCUUUACUUGGGUCGUGUAGGGUCCACACGAAUGUGAAGCUAGCGGAAUACGCGUGUGAUAAGUUAUUAGAAUUAGGGUGUGAAAACGAUGGGACGUAUACACUGCUUUCGAAUAUAUAUGCGGACAUGAAACGUUGGAAAGAUGUUUCCAAGAUUCGGUUUUUAAUGAAAGGUUCUGGAAUCAAGAAAAGACCAGGGUGGAGUUGUGUUCAAGGAAAGACGGGUUUGGUGACGUUUUAUGUUGGGGAUAAAGAUCAUGCGAGAUCGGAUGAGAUUUAUGAUGUUCUUGGUGAUUUGAUUCAUAGGAUUAAAGAGCUUGGGUAUGUUCCAGAUACGAGUUUUGCUUUGCAUGAUGUGGAUGAUGAAGAGAAAGGUGAUUUUUUGGUUGAACAUAGUGAGAAAUUGGCUCUUGCGUAUGGGAUAUUGACCACGAGUUGUGGUCAACCGAUUAGGAUCACGAAAAAUUUGAGGGUUUGUGGGGAUUGUCAUGUUGCGAUGGUGUAUAUAUCGAAGAUUAUUGAUCAUGAGAUAAUAUUGAGGGAUUCGAGUCGCUUUCAUCAUUUUAAGAACGGAUUGUGUACUUGUAAAGGUUAUUGGUGA